GAUGUCUUUUAUAUGUUUUCGUAACAUAAAAUUAACGUCUUGUACCCGUAACAUAUUUUAAAGACGCAAUUAAAAUAUCAAAACUUAUAGAUAAAUGAAAAUUUAGCAUUGAUCAUAAUUUUUUUUCAACUGACAAGUCAAAAAGCAUAAAUCUUUUUUUUGGUUUGAGUUUUAAAAUUAUUUGUAAAUUUACAUUGUAAAUAUUUUAAACACUGAAUGCGUUGUAAAGUGAAACACCAGUGAUGGAAGAUUUUUUAAUUUUUACCGUGAGGUGAGGAGUGUAAAAAGUGUUGGAUUACCAUAAAUCACGAUGGAAAGUGUGGAUAAACGAGGGAAAUAACUGUGUGGAUUUAAUUAUGGUCCAGCUUGCCUGUUACUUGCUGUUUACGACAGGGUGCCUGGUGACUGGCCUGAGAGACGUCCACAUCACAGUUCCUAAGGCUGUACGAAGGGGUGACUCAGUCCUGCUUCACUGCCAUUAUGACUUGGAGGGCGACCCCCUCUACGCUCUCAAGUGGUACAAGGGACGGGCAGAGUUCUACAGAUACACGCCCAAUGAGAAACCUCCCACGAAGGUGUUCCAGAUACCAGGACUGUCAGAGCUCAAUGUGGACAAAUCUCAGUCCAACGGGUCCCAGCUGUUCCUGCGGCAGGUGACCAGUUCUCUUAGUGGUCAGUUUAACUGUGAAGUGUCCGCAGACGCACCUUCCUUCCACACAGCCAUCGUGGCCGCCAACAUGGACGUUGUAGAAGUACCCCGUAACCCGCCCGAGUUGUCGGGGAUCAAAUCCAAAUACAGAGUAAGAGACACUCUAAGGGCCAACUGCACAGCUUCGCCCUCAAAACCAGCUGUGAACCUCACUUGGGGAAUCAACGGUGAAAAUGUGAACCCCAAAUACGUGAAGCAGUAUAGACAGGUACCAGAGAGAUAUCCAGAUCUUCAACAGUCUAUGAGUAUUUUGGAGGUGCCUCUGAAGGCACACCACUUUGUGCCUGGGGGUCGACUGAAGGUAAGGUGUACAGCAAGUUUGUACGAUCUUUACUGGCAAACCACGGAGAAAGGAGCAGAUGAAGAAGGAAGACCGACAGACAAGAUGGCGGCUGAUAAGGCUUAUAACGAGGUCAAGGCAAACUGGGAUGAUUAUGAGGACGAUGAAUAUGGUGAUCAAAACAACUUCAUUAUAGGAGCAUUUCCAACACCACCAAGUGACAAUGAUCUCAGAAACUCCGCUCCUUUUGUGUCUUCCACUUUUGUCUUGAUUGCCAUUGCAUUGCUGCGGUUAUAAGUCUACAAUUUAAGGAUGCAACAUAAAGAAUCCUUCUUCAUUAUAUGCAAAAACGCUUGAAUGCAGCUAACGUAGAAUCUAUCGAAUGGAAAAUAAAUUGUGGUGUAAAGCACUCAAGCGAAUUGCUGUUGGUUUGUAACAUAACAUUACAGCAAUAAACUGAUAAUUGAGAUCAGUAAUGCUUAAAUAAUUUAGUACUUGGGUACAUUUAACGCAAAACUAGUUAUAAAAUAAAAAUUUGCUAAGUAAGUGCAUUAUAAAGUGAAUAAAGAUGUAAAGAUGCUUUUGUACUCAAAUCUUAAAACCGAAUGUACAUUCUAGUUAUUAAAGUAUAUUUUUAAUACUCAUGUAAAAAUACGAUCUUUAGUUGUAUACCCUUUAAAAUACCAAA